CCCCGCCCCGUACCAAGAUGGCGGCAGAAGCAGCUGGUGGAAAGUACAGGAGCACAGUCAGCAAAAGCAAAGACCCCUCGGGCCUGCUCAUCUCCGUGAUCAGGACUCUAUCUACGAGUGAUGAUGUGGAGGACAGAGAAAAUGAAAAGGGCCGUCUGGAAGAAGCCUAUGAAAAGUGUGACCGUGAUCUGGAUGAGCUGAUCGUACAGCACUACACCGAGCUCACGACGGCCAUCCGCACCUAUCAGAGCAUCACGGAGCGCAUCACUAACUCUCGCAAUAAAAUCAAGCAGGUAAAGGAAAAUCUGCUUUCCUGCAAGAUGUUGUUGCAUUGCAAACGGGAUGAGCUCCGGAAGCUGUGGAUUGAAGGAAUUGAGCACAAGCAUGUCCUAAAUCUGCUAGAUGAAAUUGAGAAUAUCAAGCAAGUGCCCCAAAAACUGGAGCAGUGCAUGGUCAGCAAGCACUAUCUCAAUGCCACGGACAUGUUGGUGUCAGCAGUAGAUUCUUUAGAGGGCCCUCUUCUUCAAGUAGAGGGACUGAGUGACCUGAGACUGGAGCUUCACAGCAAGAAGAUGAACCUUCAUCUGGUUCUCAUAGAUGAGUUGCAUCGGCACCUAUACAUCAAAUCAACUAGCCGUGUUGGACAGCGGAAUAAGGAAAAAGGAAGAAUGAGCUCUCUUGUGAAAGAUGCUUCCCCAGUGCCCCUGCUUGAUGUCACAAACAUGCCUACACCUCGAAAGUUUCUUGACACUUCUCAGUUUGGUACUCCUGGAAGCUCAACUGUCAGAGAAAUGAACCUACAGGACAUCAAGGAAGAUUUGGAGCUGGAUCCAGAAGAGAAUAGUAACCUCUUUAUGGGCAUUCUCAUCAAGGGGCUAGCCAAACUAAAGAAGAUUCCAGAAACAGUUAAGGCUAUCAAGGAACGCCUGGAACAAGAGCUAAAGCAAAUUGUGAAGAGGUCCACAACUCAAGUAGCAGACAACGGCUACCAGAGAGGAGAGAACCUCUCUUUGGAGAACCAACCAAGAUUGCUUCUAGAACUUCUAGAGCUUCUCUUUGACAAAUUUAAUGCUGUGGCUGCUGCUCACUCCGUGGUCUUGGGAUAUCUCCAGCAGACUGUUGUGCCUCCAUCAACCCAGCAUGAAGACAUCAAGUUGUAUGAUAUGGCAGAUGUUUGGGUCAAGAUACAAGGUGUCUUGCAGGUUUACACUCUUUUGGAAACUGUGAUAAUAGAAAUACUUGUUUUGGCCUUCAGAGCAACAGUAGCACCUUCUGAAAUGUCACCUACUUACUUGGUGGCGUGCCUGUCAUCCUGUCGACUGCACACUUUCAAGAUGCUGCUGACAGAGUAUUUGGAUAUGAAGAACACUCGAACAGCUUCUGAACCAUCAGCUCAGCUUAGUUAUGCCAGCACAGGAUGGGAAUUUGCAGCUUUUUUUGCCAAAAAGAAACCUCAAAGGCCAAAAAACUCUCUCUUUAAGUUUGAGUCAUCCUCCCAUGCUAUCAGCAUGAGUGCCUACUUGCGUGAGCAGAGAAGAGAGCUGUACAGCCGCAGCGGAGAACUUCAAGGAGGACCUGAUGACAACUUAAUUGAAGGUGGAGGAACAAAAUUUGUCUGCAAACCUGGAGCCCGAAAUAUAACUGUCAUAUUCCAUCCAUUACUCAGGUUUAUUCAAGAGAUCGAGCAUGCACUAGGACUUGGCCCAGCCAAACAGUGCCCUCUUCGAGAGUUUCUCACCAUGUAUAUCAAAAACAUAUUCCUCAACCAGGUCUUGACUGAAAUCAACAAAGAGAUUGAAGGAGUCACCAAAACGUCUGACCCUUUAAAGAUCCUGGCUAAUGCAGAUACCAUGAAAGUACUGGGAGUGCAGCGGCCUCUCCUACAGAGCACAAUAAUUGUGGAGAAGACCGUGCAAGACCUCAUGAACCUGAUGCAUGACCUCAGUGCAUACUCCGAUCAGUUCCUCAACAUGGUGUGUGUUAAGCUCCAGGAGUACAAGGACACCUGCACAGUUGCCUACAGGAGUAUUGCCCAAUCAGAGGAGAAACUAGUAAUCAGUGCAUCCUGGGCAAAAGAUGAUGACAUCAGCAGACUUCUAAAAUCUCUGCCAAACUGGACUAAUAUGGCUCAACCCAAACAGCUGAGACCUAAGAGAGAAGAGGAAGAAGAUUUCAUAAGGGCAGCCUUUGGCAAGGAGUCUGAAGUUCUAAUUGGGAACCUGGGUGAUAAAUUAAUCCCACAACAAGAGAUCCUGCGUGAUGUCAGUGACCUAAAGGCUUUGGCCAACAUGCAUGAGAGCUUGGAGUGGUUGGCAGGACGAACAAAGUCAGCUUUUUCCAAUCUUUCAGCGUCUCAAAUGCCUUCCCCUAGUCAAGAUAACCACAUGAGCAUGGAUCUCCCUCCAGGGUCAGAACAGAUCAUGCAGACUCUGAGUGAAUUGGCCAAAUCUUUCCAGGAGAUGGCUGACCGCUGCCUGCUGGUUCUGCAUUUGGAAGUCAGAGUUCACUGUUUUCACUAUCUCAUCCCUCUGGCAAAGCAAGGGAAUUACGCCAUUGUCGCUAAUGUGGAAAGUAUGGAUUAUGAUCCUCUGGUGGUUCGGCUUAAUAAAGACAUAAGUGGUAUUGAAGAGGCCAUGAGUGCCAGUCUGCAGCAGCACAAGUUUCAGUAUAUCUUUGAAGGUUUGGGCCACUUGAUUUCCUGCAUCUUGAUCAAUGGGGCCCAGUACUUCAGGCGUAUCAGUGAGUCUGGCAUCAAGAAAAUGUGUAGGAACAUCUUUGUGCUUCAGCAGAACUUGACCAACAUCACCAUGUCACGAGAGGCAGACCUGGACUUUGCAAGGCAGUACUAUGAGAUGCUGUACAAUACAGCUGAUGAACUCCUAAACCUGGUGGUUGACCAAGGGGUCAAGUACACGGAGCUGGAGUACAUUCACGCCUUAAAUUUGCUGCACAGAAGUCAGACGGGCGUCGGAGACCAGACCACUCAGAACAUGAGGCUCCAGCGCCUCAAAGAGAUCAUCUGUGAGCAGGCCGCCAUCAAACAAGCCACUAAGGACAAGAAAAUAACCACUGUGUAAUCCAUGCCUUCUGGUCUACGGUCAUGCAGUAGGAGCUGUGACCACCACAAGCUUGUCCUACUGUAAUGGCCAGUGGUCACUCCAUGUAUGCUCACUUUUGUUUUGCUAUCUGUUUUUAUCCUGCAUCUUUCUUUGGUAUGUAAUCUAAUCAAUUCUGCCUUGAGGAAUCCCUACUUAUAUCCCCAGUGGUGGGAACCCUAAAGGAAGGGUUUAAUGUGGUAAUUUCCAAAAAGAUUCAGAGUGGGAGUGGGGGUCGUGCCAGAUGGUUGGGAUCUGAGUAGGGAAGGAAGAAUAUGCCUAUAAGAAUACCUCCUCAGCUUAUAAACACUCUGACCUUGGAAAAGAAAGUCUCUUCAUGUAAUCUCAUUGAUCUGAAAGAUGUUAUAAGGGUUGUAUUUCAUAGACAGUAAGGUUCUCACUCCCUUGAUGCUCUUAAUUUUUAGUACAAUGAAAUAUCUAGCUCUACAUUCACUGCUCUUUGCCUUUCUUUUGCCCAGGCCUACCAAGGCAGUUAAUUGAGUAGUCAAGGCAGGCAGGCUGUGGUCUCCAGGGUGGGAUUUUAUGACCUCCGCCACCAUCAGAGGCCGGAUCACGUGUUCCUAUUCUGCCAUACCCAAGGCAGUGCUAUUGUGGAAUAUUUUGUUAGCUGUGUUGUCUUUGUCUCUGCUUUACCUGAACCAAGAGCCAUCACACUAAUGGUAAGGAGUGGAACCAACCAUGGAAGCAGGAAUUUUUUUCUCCCCACUUUCCAAGAGGAAAUGUUCCUUAAAAGAUAUUAUGAGGAUUGCUCAAUUACCAACAAGUUAAAUGGAGCUAAAAUACUGCCUUAUUCACAGAGUCAGUCCCAGUGGCCUCCUCAUAGUUACACAAAUGGGCACAAAGACUUAUGACAUUGAUUCCUGUCUUGGCUUCCCAGUCAAGCCUAUUCUCAGAUUGACUUGUGUUGUUGCCCACCUUUCCUCUAGCACAUCCUACCCCUGACCCCACCCCCCACACUCUCAAGUGUUGUUGGCCCUCCAAGUGCCAACAUCACUGAAACCUUAGCAGGACAACACACUGUGCACUGUCUGUGCCCGUCUUCUUUGUAGGUGCAAGGAGAGGGAGAACCACCAUGCAACGUGAUGCCCCUGUCACUGAUGGUCUUGAAUUUUGCAAACUGCUUGUACUACGUUGGGCUUGGGGGGAAUGGAAAAUUAAAGGACGUUUUGAGAAUCUUUAAA